AUGUCGGGCCAAACGCUCACCGACCGGAUCGCCGCGGCUCAGUACAGCGUGACGGGCUCUGCUGUCGCCAGAGCAGUCUGCAAGGCCACCACGCACGAGGUGAUGGGCCCCAAGAAGAAGCACCUGGACUACUUGAUCCAGGCCACCAACGAGACCAAUGUCAACAUUCCCCAGAUGGCCGACACUCUCUUCGAGCGGGCGACGAACAGCAGCUGGGUGGUUGUGUUUAAAGCUUUAGUGACCACACACCAUCUCAUGGUGCACGGAAAUGAGAGAUUUAUUCAGUAUCUGGCCUCUAGAAAUACGCUAUUCAAUCUCAGCAAUUUUUUGGACAAAAGUGGAUCCCAUGGUUAUGAUAUGUCUACCUUCAUAAGGCGCUAUAGUAGAUACUUGAAUGAAAAGGCUUUCUCUUACCGACAGAUGGCAUUUGAUUUUGCCAGAGUGAAGAAAGGGGCUGAUGGUGUGAUGAGGACGAUGGCUCCGGAGAAGCUGCUAAAGAGCAUGCCGAUCCUGCAGGGGCAGAUCGACGCCCUGCUGGAGUUUGACGUGCACCCAAACGAACUAACAAAUGGCGUCAUAAAUGCUGCAUUUAUGCUUCUUUUCAAAGACCUCAUCAAACUUUUUGCUUGCUACAAUGACGGUGUUAUUAAUUUACUCGAAAAGUUUUUUGAAAUGAAGAAAGGACAAUGUAAAGAUGCCCUAGAAAUUUACAAGCGAUUUCUAACGAGAAUGACACGCGUGUCUGAAUUUCUGAAGGUGGCAGAGCAAGUGGGUAUUGAUAAAGGUGACAUUCCUGACCUCACUCAGGCUCCCAGCAGUCUCAUGGAGACCCUUGAACAGCAUCUAAAUACAUUAGAAGGAAAGAAACCUGGAAACAAUGAAGGAUCUGGUGCUCCCUCUCCAUUAAGUAAGUCUUCUCCAGCGACAACUGUCACGUCGCCUAACUCUACACCAGCUAAAACUAUCGACACGUCCCCACCGGUCGAUCUCUUUGCAACUGCUUCUGCGGCCACCCCAGUCAGCACUUCUAAACCAUCCACUGAUCUCCUGGACCUCCAGCCGGACUUCUCUUCUGGGGGGGCAGCCGCCGCGGCACCUGCACCACCACCUUCUGGGGGGGCCACCGCGUGGGGAGACCUUCUGGGAGAGGACUCUCUGGCCGUGCUUUCCUCUGCUCCGUCUGAAGUUCAGAUUUCAGACCCCUUUGCCUCGGAGCCUGCUCCUCCUACUACAGCCGCUGAAAUGGCACCUGCUGCAGCCUCUGCCUCAACCACCACCACUGUCACUGCUGUCACUACUGUCACUGCUGUCACCGCUGACGUCGAUCUCUUCGGAGAUGCCUUUGCAGCUUCUCCUGGGGAGGGCCCCGCAGCAUCCGAGGGGGCGGCGGCUGCAGCUGCCCCAGCCCCGGUGGUAGCGGCCCUGGAUGCUUGUUCAGGAAAUGACCCCUUUGCCCCGUCUGAAGGGAGCGCGGAGGCCGCGCCCGAGCUGGACCUCUUUGCCAUGAAGCCGCCGGAGACCAGCGCUCCCGUAGUGACCCCCACAGCUAGCGCAGCCCCUCCGGUUCCCGCCACCGCUCCUUCUCCUGCUCCUGCCGCUGCGGCCGCCGCUGCGGCCACUACCGCUGCCACCGCCGCCACCGCCACCACCGCCAGCACCUCCGCCGCUACCGCCACCACCGCUCCUCCUGCUCUAGAUAUCUUUGGUGAUCUGUUUGAGUCCGUGCCCGAAGUCGCCGCUGCGCCCAAGCCCGAGGCCGCCCCCGGCAUAGACCUGUUCGGGACAGAUGCUUUCUCGUCGCCACCACCUCCACCGCCGCCAGGCGCCUCUCCCGGGCCCGAGCGCGCGCUCACCGCGGACCUCUUAUCCGUGGACGCCUUUGCAGCCCCAGCUCCUGCACCCGCUGCCUCUCCAGCGCAGGCCGACUCUUCGGGGGUGAUAGACCUUUUCGGGGAUGCGUUUGGGAGUAGUGCUCCUGAGCCCCAACCUGCACCUCAGGCUGCUUCUAGCUCAUCAGCAUCGGCAGACCUCCUAGCUGGAUUCGGGGGUUCUUUCAUGGCCCCUUCUCCGUCCCCCGUGACUCCAGCUCAGAAUAACCUGCUGCAGCCCAAUUUUGAGGCAGCUUUCGGAACAACACCUUCAACUUCCAGCAGCAGCUCCUUUGACCCGUCAGUGUUUGAUGGUCUAGGUGAUCUUUUGAUGCCAACCAUGGCACCAGCCGGGCAGCCUGCACCUGUCUCCAUGGUACCACCCAGUCCCGCCAUGGCAGCCAGCAAAGCCCUUGGGAGUGACCUCGACUCAUCCCUUGCCAGCUUAGUAGGCAAUCUUGGAAUUUCUGGUACCACAUCAAAAAAGGGAGAUCUUCAGUGGAAUGCUGGAGAGAAGAAGUUGACUGGGGGAGCCAACUGGCAGCCGAAAGUCGCUCCCGCAACCUGGUCGGCAGGCGUCCCCCCGAGUGCACCUCUGCAAGGAGCUGUCCCUCCAACCAGCUCAGUUCCUCCUGUUACUGGGGCCCCAGCGGUUGGACAGCCUGGACCAGGGUUUGGAAUGCCUCCUGCCGGGACAGCCAUGCCCAUGAUGCCCCAGCAGCCUGUCAUGUUCGCGCAGCCCAUGAUGAGGCCGCCCUUCGGAGCUGCCGCCGGACCUGGCACGCAGCAUUCUCCAAGCCCUACACCUGCCACUCAGAGUCCCAAGAAACCUCCAGCAAAGGACCCAUUAGCGGAUCUUAACAUCAAGGAUUUCUUGUAA